AUGCCGGGCGAGACCGAGGAUCCGAACAGCCGCGAAGCGCAGACAGUGUUUGAGGCCCUGGGGCGCUACGAGGACACGCUGCGGAGCGCUGUUCGGGAGAUACAUGCGGACAUCCAGGUGUUCAAACAAGGGGUGGGACGGCAGGUGGAGGAGGUGCUGCGCCUUGCUAGCCCCCUGGCACACACAGUCUCAGAGUUGCAGCAGGAGAACCGGCGCCUGCGGGUGCAGCUAGAGCGCCUGGCUCGACAGGUGGAGGCCCUCGGCCAGUCGGCGGGGCUGCUGCAGGACUGGCCAGAUGGGGCAGAGGAGAGCCCCCCGCCUGCGGGACCUGGCUCUCCGGGGCCGCCUUUGGCCAGUGGCAGGUUCUCCAGCCAUGCGAAGCUAGCGGUGACUGGCCGGAGCCAAAGUGUAGACCUGGAUGACCACCACAAACCUGAGUUUAGAAGAGUUUUUAGUUCUUCCAUCAUUGAAAAUGGACACCAGUCUUCAUCAGGUCAGGCAAAAGUCUCCCGUGAACUGACCUCUUUUCGCAUGUCAGAUUCUUCCCCUGAGGCCCAUGCCCCUGCAGUCACAUUACAGAUGCCUCACCUUCCUGUUACUGCGGUAACCAGAAUAUCAGGAGAAACCAUCUGUUCAACAGGAGCAGGUAAUGCAUCCACUGGCAUUCUUGGACAGAGCAAGAGCAAAAAUGAGAUGGUAUUGAAAACUUCCAGCCAUACAUUGAGAACAUUGGCUUCAUCUGCCACUGGAGAGAAUACCACAUCUGUCGCUAAGCCUGUCUCAACUGCAAGCUGUGGGAUGAGCAGUGGAACCAAAACUGGUGAAAGGGCAGCUGACAGUUACUCUGAUGUGACACCCAAGCCUAACUCCUCUCCUUCUACUAUACAUCACCAAGUUGAAAGGAGGCGAGAACUGGUGCGAUCUCAAACGCUCCCACGGACUAUGGGAACACAGUCCCGGAAAGCGCUUUUUGAGAAAUUUGAACAAGACAGUGCAAAAGGAAAAGGAGAAUCCAGAGCUAAACUGAAGAGAUCGCAGAGUUUUGGGGUUGCCAGCGCUAGCAGCAUUAAACAAAUUUUGUUAGACUGGUGUCGCUCAAAAACCAUAGGAUACAAGCAUAUUGAUCUCCAGAACUUCUCCUCAAGCUGGAAUGAUGGGAUGGCAUUCUGUGCCCUUGUGCAUUCUUUCUUUCCUGAAGCUUUUGAUUAUAAUAAGCUUGACCCAGCUAAUCGCAAGCAGAACUUUGAGCUGGCUUUCACCAUGGCUGAGAAAAUGGCUCACUGCGAUCGUCUGAUAGAAGUGGAUGACAUGAUGGUGAUGGGCCACAAGCCAGAUCCCAUGUGUGUCUUCACCUAUGUCCAAUCUCUAUACAAUCAUCUACGACGCUUUGAAUAA